GGGCCUUUGCGGCAUCACCUACCGCACCCUGUUCUGGGCAGCCUGCUUCUUCACCGUGGUCUCCUUGGGUGCCUCCAUCUGGUCUCUCACCAGCAUCGGUGUCGCCGAGUGGACGACUUGGUGCUCCGUCGUCAGCGCCCUGCUCUCCCUGGUCUUCCUCAACAUCAUCCGUGAAGGCCCUCGCGUGACUGCCGUCAACGACCCUGCAGCCCAGGGCGUCACGCCCCACGGAACCGUGGCCGACCCCACCAUGAUGGAGGUUCCCAUCGACGACACUGUCACGCAGCAGAUCGGCAAGCAAGUCGACGCCGUCGGUAACAAGGCUUUCUCCAGCGGCAUCGGUGCCGGUGCCAAGGUGCACAAGGUCGCCCAUAACACCGGACACUCGGUCGCCGAUAAGCUGGCCAUCGGUGCUGCCGUUGCCACCGUCGUCGCUGCCUCGGUCUUCAACGGCGUCGUGACGACGGCCAUUUCCACCUCUCGGGCUGCUACUUUUGCCGCCGGUGGCUCUACUGACGCAUGUGCCUUCAUCCAAUCCUCUGGCGACAUGAGCAUCUCUUCGGCGUGCUGCGGCGCUGUCGUUAACUACCAGUCCCAAUGGCAAGACUGUUACAACUCUGUCUCGAACUGGGAAAGCCUCGUUCCAGAUAAUGACCUCACCAUCUCCAACUGUGUUCAACAGGCGGAAAACACAUGGGUCUCCCUCAGCGACGCAACGCUGCAGCAGACAGCCUACUUCGAUGGCCAGGUCCUCAAGUGCAUUGGCCCUUAUGUCAGCUCGGAGUGCUCGACCCUGGGCCAGCUUCUGGUGUCAAACUGUGCCUGAGUUUCUUGAUCCCGCUCUUGGCGAUUUGUUCUAUCCAUAAAGAUGUAACUCUCCCGCUCGCAAUGGCACGCAUUGAGAGCACACAACGCAAUAAACGAACAAUGUUGGCAAGUGCCAUCGUUGCUGAGAUAUAGCGGGGCGCCUUUGACGGUGGCAUCUGUGCUAAACGAGGGCA